CUUAUCAAACUGAGGCAGACGUGAUUGUGUAUGAUUCCAACAUGACGAUAAGAUAGUAGCAGUAAUUUGUUAGGAAUGCCACUGCAGGCCGCCUAAACGGUGCCAUACAUUGCUAAGUUUGCUGUCUUCAAAAGUAGUUGCGCGUGAUGGAAAGGGCAUCUGAGGUGUUCUCCACAGUCACCUUAUUUGUUGAUGAAGGGACAAGAGGAUCACACGAUCUCACUCCUGUCACAGGCUCCUAUGACAAAAUAGAAAAAACAUUCUACGAGCUGGCAUCCAUGCGGAGAACAAAGCCCAAGAGUGAGAAAAAGAAUACAGACUCUCCUGCAAGUCAGGAGAACCAACUUUUCCAAAAUGACUGUCCUCCAGCACACCCUGUAGAGGUUAACAGCAAAGUCAUGGAUUACAUAGAACAAAAACACUCUCAGGAACUCAAAAGAGUAUUUGGAAAUGGUGUGGAGAUGCGCAGAGGAACAGGAAAGAAAACAAAAGAGUACUCUGUGUCAUUUCAUUCAGAACAUGCAGUCCUUGCCCAGUUUGCAAGACAGAAGUUCAUCACGCUGUACCAAAAAGUUGCCACUGAAUUCCAGGUUAAGACUUUUGAUUGUAAGCCAUCCCUCUUGAAAGGUCUUGGACAUAGGUUUCCAGAGUUGUUGAUAAGCACCAACCCGAACGGACCCUCUGUCACAGUGAUGGGUGACUACAUAAGCUUAAUAAGACUGGAGGAGUUUUUAAUGAAUGGGCCUGCAAGUCCGUCAAGAGAUGUUGGGCGCACAUUACAGAGAGCCAGUGUGAAGGACCCGGUUCCUGUGACUACAUCCAUGACGAACUCCAAAAAGAAGGAGGAGGAGGAGGAAACUUGCCCUAUAUGCAUGGACACCUUAACUGACACAAAGACACUACCUCAGUGCCAACACUCGUUUUGUAAGGACUGUUUGAAGAGGGCAUUUGACAUGAAGCCAGCGUGUCCCAUCUGUGGGGUUCUCUAUGGGGAACUGAAAGGGACCCAGCCUGAAAAAGGCACAAUGAAAGUCACCCGUGACAAGUCGCAUUUGCCAGGAUAUGAAAAAUAUGGCACCAUCAUAAUCGAGUACUACAUUCCAAAUGGAAUACAAGGGGAGGAGCACCCCAACCCAGGCCAGAGGUACGAGGGGGCUUCGCGGACGGGCUACCUCCCCGACUCCAGCGAGGGCUGCAAGGUCCUGCGCCUGCUGCAGCGGGCCUUCGACCAGCGCCUCACCUUCACCAUAGGCCGCUCCUCCACCACCGGCAGGAACAACGUGGUCACCUGGAACGACAUCCACCACAAGACCUCGCGCACAGGGGGCCCCAGCAGCUAUGGCUACCCAGAUCCAGAAUACCUCUCUCGGGUUCAAGAGGAGUUGAAAGUAAAGGGAAUAUUUUAACAACAAAAAAAAGAAAAAAAAAAAACACUACUGUUCAAAAGUUUGGGAUCAUCCUCAUUUUUCCCAUUAUUUUUUGCAAUUCAAACUGUAGACAUCUGUUGAAGUAGCCUACUGAACAGCCAAAUGUGGGGGAAAAAAGGUUUGGUUACCCGACAGAAUCGUGAAAUCUAAACAACCUGUUUCGCACAUUGAUUACACAGGAAUAUGUGUUUUAAUCCAUUUUUUCUACAGAUAUUUUUCUUUGGUUUAUUAUAGAAUGCAUUUUCAGAACAAAUAGACACAAACUGAUUUUAAACCAGAGCUGCAAUUGAAACGCAAUUGAAUAAGCUAAAUUGUCAGGAGAAAGUAUUGUGGGAGGAAAGUGCGGUGACUCCAAACUUUUGACCAGUACUGCAAGUCAUUGGACUUGUUCUUUUGGAGCAUUAUAUUGUACUUUGCUUUUCUUAAGGCCUACAAAAAUGCACUACUGUACAUUGUUUU